AUGGCUUCUUACGCUGAUCCACCGGUCCAAGACCGCUGGGACUCGCACGAUUUCGAUGGCGACCCUGAUCGCUAUCUAUGCCUUUACAACAUGUCAGACGAAUUUGACUUGGAUGCUUGGGCGACUCCUGAUCCUCGGGUCACGACUAUGGUCGACAUGGGAGACGCCUUUGCUUCGAAGAUGGAACUGCACCGUUCCACCCUGAACCCAGUCAAAUUCGAGAAAACGGAGUCCCCUUUUGAUGGAGGCAGCUCCGACGAUGGAGGAUAUCCACUACCACGUUUGUUGACGUUCAGAGAACGCCGACGCCUACCUGUGCAGUUGUUACUUCGCAAGUCCCGCCAUGCACCUAUUGCUUGUGGUAAAUGCCGCGAAGACAUGAUUGCUUCUUGUUCCCUCUCCUCCCGGGAUAAAUUGGCGAGCGUCCGGCUUUCGGACCUUGCAACUAUGGAGGACCUAGAUUUCGUUACCCCAGUUCCGGUGUCCCCAGACGAUGGCCAAACGGCACAUCUGGACAUUCCGGAUACAUGCCGACAGGUCUCCUCUGGGAAACUCAACGGCGUUGGCCAAGGACCUGAGUACGUCGUAAAACUUCUCGAUCGGCCAUCUGAACUUGAUAGCGCCCGUCCACAAGAAUUCACACAAACGCAACCAUUCGUAAACCAGCUAGCUCAGCAAAUCGCCGAGUCAACCACCCUUUACCAAUACGACCCUUACUACCAGCAACCUUCGACUCCUGAAACGGAGUUCUACGACCUGUCUGCUGCAACGAAUAUCGUUGGCAGACUUCCAAGCGAGAACACUACACACCACCCCGGGUUCCCCCCUUCAGUCGCAGUUAUGGCGGUCACUACCACAGGCUGGCCCUACGGGGCCCAGCCGGUACGUGCUGCACCCGAUGCCAUGAACGACAGCAUGUAUCAAAACUCGCCUUUCUCCGAGCUCUUUGAGCUUUCGGACGAGGGCGACGAUUGGGCAAUGCUCAUGCAGCAGGACAUGCUCGCUACGGGCGACUACGACAUGACCACCUUCGACCCUUCCACCAUGGAACCAACUUACCAAACCACCCACUCUCCUCAGGAAAUCUUCAACGACCCCGCCGUCCAGUUCGAUGUCGCGCAGAGCCUAGGCCCCAACUUCUUUGACUUUAACAGCCCUCUGCCCGACCUCUCUACCUCUGGCUACCUCUCUGGCGACCAGGUUUCCUCCUACUUGGGCAGCACGAACACCUCCCCCUUCGAGCCUGUCCUCGACUUCUUCCCCGAAACUGACUCAUUCUCCAUGUUCCCGGCAAGCACCGACGGCUCGCCCCUCGACACAACUUUCUCCUCCCCCGGAUCAGACAGCGCAAACGCCCCUUCCAGCUCCUCCCACCCAUACAGCUGCACCACCGACGGCUGCACAAAGACCUUUGCAAAGGAGGCUCAGCUGAAGCAGCACCAGCGCGUCCAUCGCAAGGCCCUUGUCUGCACCAUCUGCCGCGCCGAGCACCGCCACGAGCACAAGUUCGCUCAAGUGCGGGACCUAGAGCGGCACAUGCAGGCGCGCCACAAGGACGUUGCCGAGAAGAACAACGUGCGCUCCGAGAUCCGCCAGUGCCCGCACCAGGGGUGCGAACACCAGGGGAGGCGGGACAAUGUGUCGAGGCACCACAAGAGUAAGCACGGUAAGGAACUCAAGUGGAAGAGGGGUGUCCCUCACGUGGUGGGUUGA